AUGGAAGUUGCUUUUCUUUUUCCUGAAGCGUUACUAGCAAACACAGAUACUAAAUCAAACGCUCAAAUUGAGAUGGAAAGUACAUCGUCAAAGUCUCAGAGCAACACGACGAACACACCAAAGUCCUUCGCUAAUGUAGUUUCAAACAAUGUUAGUGACAUACCCUUAAGUCAAUUUCCUCCAGCUUAUGUGAAAAGAGACAGACUUGACAUCACGAUUCCUGAAGAAGAAUACCAACUAGGAGUGGAAGCAUGCAAACAUCACCUUCAUGGUAGAGUGGUUUGGUCAAAAGGAGCAGUACUUCUCACGGUAGUAAACCUAAGAUCCAAACUGAUGACAUUGUGGCCGACAAUGGGAAAAUGGGGUAUAACAUCCCUUGGAAAAGGUUUUUUUGAAUUUGCCUUCUCCUCCCUUGAGGAUGUGCAGCGAGUGAGAUCAGUGAGUGCUUGGACUUUACCUCAGGGAAUUCUCAAACUCUUCCCUUGUACAAAGGACUUUACUCCGGCAACCCUAAAGCAAACAUCAGCCCAGGUUUGGAUUCGGAUACACGGUCUCUCCCAAGAAUACUGGAGACCAAGAAUCUUAUUUGCAAUUGCAAGCAGCAUUGGUACACUAGUUUUUAUUGACUCUGUAUUGAACAAAUCGGCUUUUGAAAGACCUUUUGGUCAUUUUGUGAGAGUUCUGCUGCCAGAAUUUUGUAGCUAUUGUACUUGCAUAGGAUACUCAAUCACCAAGUGCAAAAGAAAAGAAGUGAAUAUGAAUCAGGGUAAAGAAGUAGAAAAGAAAACUAACAGAGAUCCUUUGGUAAAGUCUACCAAAAAGAAUCCAGUGGAAAAGAAAGAUGAUGACAUACCUACUGUAGAAAUGGAGUGUCCUGAGAAUAAUGCUCAAUUGGUUGGAGAGACUUCUACAAAACAUUAA